AUGGACUAUCUGAGGACGCUCGGAUCUGCUGCUGUCUCGACACUUGUUCAGAAAUCUGGAUUAAACUUACCGUUUUCGCUUGGCCCCAAGAUUGCAUCUUUCGAGAACAGGACAGUAUGGUCCUUGUACGAUGGCACGAAACGAGACGAUAGCUUGCCAGUUUCUGUCUUCGAGUUCGAAGCAAACACGCCUGCGAAGAAGAACCUCCUACCACUUGCCAAGAAUGCACUUCGCAAGUUGCGAACAAUCCGGCAUCCGGAUGUCCUCAAGUUUAUGGAGGUCGUGGAGACAGAUGCCACCAUUCAUAUUAUGACGGAGCGCGUACGACCUCUAGGACCUGCUAUCACUGAAUGGCAGUCGAAGAGUGCUCAAGAGAGGGAGGCCUGGCUCAUCUGGGGUCUCCACCGUGUCUCGGUAGCUUUGACUUUCUUGAACGAUUCUGCAUCGUCUACCCAUGGUAAUGUCCGCGUGGAUUCUAUCUUCAUUUCGGCCUCCGGAGAAUGGAAAUUGGGAGGGUUUGAUGUCUUGAGCAAUCCCAAGGACGAUGCCGCUGUUCUCUAUAGCUUGGGUGGGAUGCUUCCCGACGCGUCGAUGUACUCGCCACCAGAGGUCAAGAAAGGAGGCUACUCCUCUCUCAAAGAAUUGCCUAUAUCCGCAGCGGACGCAUACGGCCUGGGCCUUCUCAUCCACUUUGCAUUCAACCCGAACCAGCCAGUACCCGCAACGGCACAACCACCUCACCCUCCACCAACUGCAGCAUCACGCGGGGAGAUCCCGAUAUCUAUCUUCCCCUCAUAUAAGAAACUGCUUAACCCCAAUCCGAAAGCCCGCUUGUCCCCUGCUCACUUCCUGGACCUGGGGAUGUCGCAGACAGCAGGAGAAGGCUCGGGAUUCUUUGCGACAAAUCGUCUCGUGAUCGUCUGCGCGGGCUUGGACAACUUCAAUCUCGCAAGCGAGUCGGAGAAGGCGACUCUUCUCAGGUCCCUGAAAGAGUCUGCGUCAUCAUUCCCCUCUGAGUUCGCUUCCUACAAAGUCCUCCCGGCUCUCGUCUCCGCACUCGAGUUCGGUGGAGCAUCUGCGGCCAGCAUCGUACCCCUUGUUCUGCAGUUCGGCAAGAACGUGCCUCCAGAAGACUACUCGUCCGUGAUCUUAUCGCAUCUAGUGAAGCUGUACGCCAGCCCUGAUCGAGGCAUACGAAUGGUCUUGCUUGAACAUCUGCCUGAGUACGCGGACAAACUAGACAAGAAGACCGUCAGCGACAAGAUCUGGCCCAAUCUCCAAACCGGCUUUGGAGAUACUGUCGCUAUCAUCCGCGAAGCAACCAUCAAGUCCAUUAUACUCCUUUCCGAUAAAUUCAACGAGCGCAUCAUGAACAAUGAUCUCCUUCGACACCUCGCACGCAUGCAAGCCGACCCCGAAGCAUCCAUCCGCACCAACACGUGUAUCCUCAUCGGGCGUCUCGGUCCAUCUUUAGGCUACAACACGAAGCGUAAAGUGCUCGUCCCCGCGUUCGCUCGCGCGCUCAAGGAUCCGUUCGUCCAUGCACGCGUCGCCGGUCUCAUGGCCUUCAUGGCGACGAUUGACUGCUUCGACAUCGAAGACGUUGCGUCGAAAGUCAUCCCCAAUAUGUCGUUCACUUUGGUCGAUAAGGAAAAGCUGGUACGCGACCAAGCAUUCAAGGCCAUGGAGCUCUUCGUCAAGAAACUUGAAGAACACGCCGCGACAAUGCCCGAAACAGUCCCAACCAUCGAAAACGAAAUGCCCCAAGUACAGAUCAACGGUAGCUCUCCCAACGCCCUUGUCAACAGCGCUGCAGGCGCCGCGGGUGCCCUCGCAGGUUGGGCAAUUUCCUCCCUCGGCAAACAGCUCGCCUCUGGCACGCUUCAGUCCUCCGUCGCUUCGACCAUUGGGACAUCCAUCGAUCGUCCGACGUCCGCUCCCGCCGCGAACGUCGGUAGCGCCCCUAACCCCAGCUCGACCUCGACUCUUAGUGGCUUUAGGGGAGGCCCAGUCGGGAUGCCGUUGACGCCGACUCUGUCGAGCGUUACGGGGCCGACGCGGGCGCUGACGUCUGCGAGCAAAGGCAAGGGGAUGCAACUUGGGGCGACGAAGGUGCCCGCGAGCGUGUCAAGCGCGUCGGACUGGGCGGAGGAAGCUGCGGCGGAGCUCGACGCUUCGACGAGUACGGCUACGAAUCCCUGGGGGAAUGACGAUCUAAUGGACGUCAACGCGGACGAAGACGACUGGAGUGCGUUUGAGACGGCCCCGCUCGCGACGGCUUCAGAACCGACUGAUUUCGGUUUUGGAAACGUGCGCUCCCCAGACCCAUGGUCAGCUCCAGCGCCGGCCGCCCCGCCACCUAAACCGCUAGUAGCGCCGCAACCCCGUCUCUCAACAGCUCCGCGCAUGGUUUCACCACUAACAAGCCCUCGACCAGCUUCCGCUGCACGCUCUAUAACACCAUCAGACAGUGGCAAAGCCGACGCGGCAUCCCCAGCCGGGCCCUCCGCCCCAAGCACGGCCGGGAUGUCUAAGGAGGAGAAGGCAGCGGAGAUGGCGAGGCGGAAGGAGGAGAGAAAACAACGUAUUGCUGCCCUGAAAGAGCAAAAGAAGGCUAAGUCGUGAGGCGUCUGAGGCAGAAGUUGGCUCCCGCUCAUACCGAUAUUUAUGCUUAUACCCUUGUAUU